AGGAGGCGCUGUACGCUAUUUCCUCUCACUGAGCUACUUCCGGUAACUGAUUAAUCCGAGAGUGUUAGCAGCCGGUGUCUGAUCAAAACAAACAAUGGGAAAGAAGCACAAAAAGCACAAGUUCGAUAAACACGGAUAUGAAGAUUACGGAGACCGACCGCUCAAGCUGGUGCUGAAGGUGUCCGGAAAUGAAGUGACGACAGGAAGCUCCAGUUUAGACACUUUUUAUGAUGAGCAGCCUGACGGAGAUAAACCCAAAGAUAAAAAGAAGAAAAAGAAAAAGGACAAAGAAAGAAGCUUUGGGUCUCCAGAGGAAGAAAAAGGGAAGAAAAAGAUGACUAAAAAGAAGAAAGAUCAGGAUGCAGAGGAAGAGCACAGCAGAACUCCAAUCCGCUCAGAGCUGGACAAACUGGAAGUAAAAGAGCAGACGCCUCUGCAGGAAGCGUUGAAUCAGCUGAUCAGGCAGCUUCAACGGAAAGACCCCAACGCCUUCUUCUCGUUUCCAGUGACAGAUCUCAUCGCACCCGGCUACUCUUUAGUUAUCAGACGACCAAUGGACUUCAGUACAAUGAAGGAGAAAGUGAAGAAAGAUUGCUACCAGUCAUUAGAUGAACUGAAGAUGGAUUUCAGGAUUAUGUGUGAGAACGCCAUGAUUUAUAACAAACCUGAGACGAUCUACCAUAAAGCAGCUCGAAAACUGCUACACUCUGGGAUGAAGGUCCUCAGUCCGGAGCGGCUGGACAGCCUGAAGCAGAGCAUAGACUUCAUGUCCAGCCUCGACCCGUCUGCCCAGCCGCCGCUGAAGUCAGAGGAACACGGGGGCGGCGGCCUGGACCGGAACAAAGAGGGACCCGUGAGCACCGAGGCCGGCGAUCGCUCACAGACACCCGGAACUCCAAGGCAGGACAAAGACGCCAAGGACGAAGCGGUGAAAGCUGAGAAAGAGCUGGAGGAAAUCUGCAAGGUCAUGGAGGAGUCUGGAGGGAAGCUGUCCAACCGAGUGCUGCAGUGUGAUUUGGAGUUUAUGAGGCGGAAGUCGAACGGCUCCACCACGUUGGGCUUUCUGAACCCAGCAGACCCGUCCCCAGGCGAUGCUGGUUACUGUCCCGUGAAGCUGGGCAUGAUGUCCAACCGGCUGCAGAGUGGCGUGAACACGCUGCAGAACUUCAGGGAGGACAAGAGGAACCGGGUGACUCCAGUGUCCUACAUCAGCUACGGGCCCUUCUCCUCCUACGCCCCCACCUACGACUCCAGCUUCUCCAACAUCAGCAAGGACGACUCUGACCUCAUCUACACCUUCUAUGGAGAGGAGUCCAGUCUGCAGGGCUCAGACAGCUUGUCGGAGUUCCUCUCCAAAUCAGACGAGUACGUCUACAAGCAGGCAGACAAUCUCCUGGACGCUCUGACCAACGGGGAACACUCCAGAAGCCUGAAAGAGGCCGAGGCGCAGCCAGAGAAGCCUGCAGUCGAGGAAAAGUGCGACGCAGAGGCAGCAGAACCCGACUCGUCCAGCAGGCCUGACCUCCAGUGUUCUGCUGCCGGUCCAGAUUCCUCUGGAGAGGCUCUACACUUCCAGAAGAAGUUAGAUGAGACCACAAAGCUCCUACGAGACCUGCAGGACGCUCAGAGGGAGCGCCUGAGCACCAAACAGCCUCCUAACAUGAUCUGCCUGCUGGCCCCCACUGCCAAGGAGCUGGAGCUGGCGGAGAAGGUGAUGGGGAACCUGACGGAGCUGACGGGUCAGGUAGCUCCGUGUGACGUCAGCAGCGUUGCCAGCAUUAGGAAGGCCAUGGGCAUAGCUGCACUUCCGGCGCUGUCAGAGCCCCUCAUCGACCUCACGGCCGUGCAGGAUGCCAGUGAACCGAUGGAGACGCUCCCAUCCUGUCCGUUCGUCGCUGUGAAAUGAAAUUCCAAACUUCCACGUUCGGUUCCUGAACUGAACUUUUGUACAAAGUGUGUGUUUUCUGUGAAUCUGAGUCAAUAAACAUUUUUUUUUUU